ACCAUCUUCCCAGCCCACUCAUGUGUCUAGCAUAGGCUUUCAUGGCCCGAAACUGUAUUACAAACUUCUAUGCAGAUGCGCAGCCACUCUACAUGUACCCAGAUCUGUAAGCAUCAUACUCCUUGAUACACCAAAUGGCUCCACCGCGAGCCUCUUUUACGACGAAGAGGAUUAGUCAAACUACGUUCGUCAUCCAAGAACACGAUGCGUACGGAGAACACCCUCUCAUAUACGUCAAGAUCUCUCCCAGGGCAAACGUGAUUGUCCUAUCAGACACUGGCUGUAACGCUCCAAGCGACGAGCAUCUAAAUGACCGAUACACUAAUCUUCGCCGCUAUUUGGGGCAUUAUCCGGUAACUGAUAACAACGGCAAGCCACUGAAUUCACAGAGCAGCCGCAAAUACAUUAUCAUUUGCUCUCACUGCCACUUUGAUCAUACUUUGGGCAUUCCCAGCUUCGUCGAAGAUGGACAAACGGCAGACAUCGUGGCCUCAGCAGCGGGUCGCGACUUCAUCGAAUCGGACCUCGACACACACGGCCUGUUCAAGUACAUCGGCAAACCAGCUCCGAAGUACACUGUCACCAAGUGGGCGCAAGCCUUCGAGCGGCUGACGUACCCUUUUCAUGCAACACCCGACCAUGAUGGUGAGGUUGACCUGGGUAUCACGGUGCUCCACACCCCUGGCCAUACCCCAGAUGAGCUGGCUUGGUAUGACCAUGAUGAAAUGCACCUGUAUGUAGGCGACAGUUUCUACCGUGAAGGCGAGGACGGCAUGCCGAUCGUCUUUCCCAAGGAAGGCAGCAUGAUCGAGUGGGUCUUCUCAAUGCAGAAGCUUGCUGUUUUCGUCCGGGCCGAGAAUGCGCGGGCAGCCGACGACGCCACAUCAGGCCCGGACGCUAGCGACGCCGAGGAUGAGCAGGAGGAAGGACCAGACUUAUGCGGUAGAUGGAGCUGAGAUCCUGGCGGAGCUUGAAGCCUUUUCCUUUCGUGUGUUUAUUGGGAGGGUACCUCUCA